UGCUAGGCAGAGUGCGGCCUAGCGCGCCGGGCGGAGCGUCACCCCCGAUGAGUCGGCGCUGAUCGCUGAGGGGAAAAACCCAGUGCGGAGCAGGCAGAGCCGAAGCGACCCUCGCCGCCGCGCCAGUCCACACCGCCGCCAUGGCCUCGGGACCCGAUUCCAAAGCUGAUGACUUAUCAACUGCAAUUUUGAAGCAGAAGAACCGGCCCAAUCGGUUAAUCGUUGAUGAAGCAAUCAAUGAGGACAACAGUGUGGUGUCACUGUCGCAGGCCAAGAUGGAUGAACUGCAGCUGUUCCGGGGAGACACGGUGCUGCUCAAAGGCAAGAAAAGGCGAGAGGCCGUCUGCAUCGUCCUCUCCGACGACUCCUGCUCGGAUGAGAAAAUCCGCAUGAACCGGGUGGUUCGCAACAACCUGCGGGUGCGGCUUGGAGACGUCAUCAGCAUCCAGCCUUGUCCGGAUGUGAAGUACGGCAAGCGCAUCCAUGUGCUGCCCAUCGAUGACACCGUGGAAGGGAUCACCGGGAACCUCUUUGAGGUCUACCUCAAGCCAUACUUCCUGGAGGCCUACAGGCCCAUCAGAAAAGGGGACAUUUUCCUGGUGCGUGGAGGCAUGCGCGCAGUGGAAUUCAAGGUGGUGGAGACGGACCCCAGCCCCUACUGCAUAGUCGCUCCAGAUACGGUGAUUCACUGUGAGGGAGAACCUAUCAAGCGAGAGGAUGAAGAGGAAUCCCUGAACGAAGUGGGUUAUGACGACAUUGGAGGCUGCCGAAAGCAGCUGGCUCAGAUCAAGGAAAUGGUGGAGCUCCCUCUUCGACACCCUGCUCUCUUCAAGGCCAUUGGGGUGAAGCCUCCCCGUGGAAUCCUCCUGUACGGGCCGCCUGGCACCGGGAAGACCUUGAUUGCCAGAGCUGUGGCUAACGAGACCGGAGCAUUUUUCUUUCUGAUCAAUGGUCCCGAGAUCAUGAGCAAGUUAGCAGGGGAGUCGGAGAGCAACCUGCGCAAGGCCUUCGAGGAAGCCGAGAAGAAUGCGCCCGCCAUCAUCUUCAUUGACGAACUGGACGCCAUUGCUCCAAAGAGGGAGAAGACCCACGGGGAAGUGGAACGGCGCAUCGUGUCCCAGUUGCUGACCCUCAUGGAUGGCCUCAAGCAGCGAGCCCACGUCAUUGUCAUGGCUGCCACCAACAGACCGAACAGCAUCGAUCCAGCCCUCCGGCGGUUCGGCCGCUUUGACCGGGAGGUGGACAUCGGCAUCCCUGACGCUACUGGCCGCCUGGAGAUCUUGCAGAUCCACACCAAGAACAUGAAGUUGGCUGAUGAUGUUGAUCUGGAGCAGGUGGCCAAUGAGACCCACGGCCAUGUGGGGGCUGACCUGGCUGCGCUGUGCUCCGAGGCGGCCCUGCAGGCCAUCCGGAAGAAGAUGGACCUGAUCGACCUGGAAGAUGAGACCAUCGAUGCUGAAGUGAUGAACUCCCUGGCUGUGACCAUGGACGACUUCCGGUGGGCCCUGAGCCAGAGCAACCCCUCCGCCCUGCGCGAGACCGUAGUGGAAGUGCCCCAGGUGACCUGGCAAGACAUCGGGGGCUUGGAAGACGUCAAGCGGGAACUCCAGGAGCUGGUUCAGUACCCCGUGGAGCAUCCUGAUAAAUUCCUCAAGUUUGGCAUGACCCCGUCUAAAGGGGUCCUCUUUUACGGGCCCCCUGGCUGCGGAAAGACCCUGCUAGCCAAAGCCAUUGCCAAUGAAUGCCAGGCCAAUUUCAUCUCCAUCAAGGGCCCAGAGCUGCUCACCAUGUGGUUUGGAGAGUCGGAGGCCAACGUGCGCGAGAUCUUCGACAAGGCCCGCCAAGCAGCUCCCUGCGUGCUGUUCUUCGAUGAGCUGGAUUCCAUUGCGAAGGCCCGAGGGGGGAACAUUGGCGAUGGGGGUGGUGCCGCCGACCGGGUGAUCAACCAGAUCCUCACGGAGAUGGAUGGCAUGUCGACCAAGAAGAACGUCUUCAUCAUUGGCGCGACCAACCGGCCAGACAUCAUUGAUCCAGCCAUCCUGCGCCCUGGGCGCCUGGACCAGCUCAUCUACAUCCCUCUGCCGGAUGAGAAGUCCCGCGUGGCCAUCCUCAAGGCCAACCUGCGGAAGUCGCCCGUUGCCAAGGACGUGGAUCUGGAGUUCCUGGCCAAAAUGACCAAUGGCUUCUCGGGAGCUGACCUCACGGAGGUUUGCCAGCGGGCGUGCAAGCUGGCCAUCCGCGAGUCGAUCGAGAGCGAGAUCAGGCGGGAGCGGGAGAGGCAGACCAACCCCUCGGCCAUGGAGGUGGAAGAGGACGACCCGGUCCCUGAGAUCCGCCGGGAUCACUUCGAGGAAGCCAUGCGUUUUGCCCGCCGGUCAGUCAGCGACAAUGACAUCCGCAAAUACGAGAUGUUUGCACAGACUCUGCAGCAGAGCCGUGGCUUUGGCAGCUUCAGAUUCCCAUCAGGUAACCAGGGGGGUGCUGGACCCAGCCAGGGCACCGGAGGCAGCGGCGGAGGCAACGUUUACAGUGAAGACAACGAUGACGAUCUCUAUGGUUAAGCUGCGGCCAGAGUGGACCAAACUCCAGAACAGGCCACGUUGUACAGGGCAGUCCUCACGGCCAGUGGACUCCUGGCUUCUUCAUUCCUCGGUCAGACUCAUGUAGCUGUGUCUCAGGCUCCCUCCGCUGAGCCUGCUGUCCAUGUAAGGCGGUGGGUUGCCUGGUUUGGUUGGGAGGUAGGCAAGCAGUGGAGGAGGAGGAGGAGGAGGAGGAGGGGAAUUGACUUCUGGGAAACUUUCUGUUCUAGUUUUAUGGCAGAAUCAGCAGCUUUAGCAACGGGUACAACAAUAGCCUGUAAAAAAAUUAAUAAAACCCCACAAAAAUAAAAAAAAAAUGUCCCAUAACUUCAA